UCCGAGUUGCCGUCGUGUGCCGUCCCCGCCGUACGGUCACUGUUGUUGUUUGAAAUUUUCGAAAAUCGAAUACUAAAAAAAAAAAAAAAAAAUUUUUAAAAAAUACACCCAGGGAGAAAAUUAAAUCUCAAACAUCGUAAGCCGCCGUAUCGCCACAAAACCGCAAUACCGUUGCGCGCGCGUGCGUGUGUAUUGGAUUAAUUGGACACAUAAUUUAUACAUAAUAUUAUAUUGUACAUUAGAAUCUGUGAAACAAUCGUUUUACCGCGGCAAACGUGCGAGUGGUGCGCGCAAAAAUGUCGGUGAAAAAAAUCCGUUUUAAAUCCCGCCGUCGUCGUUGAGUAGAGUUCGCCGGUGUUUAUUUUUUCUUUUUCUUUUUGUCGCUUUCGAUAAAUUAAAAAAACAAAAAAAAAACUAAAUAGUAAUAAGCAAACCGUGCGCUCUGUCGUCGUUGUGUACCGCCGCCGGAAAACGGCCGGAACCGAGGAUACCUAAUUGGACCGCACAACCUUAUACUGAAUGUUCAUCGCAACCGUCAAAUUGAAGCAAAUGCAAAGAAAAACGCACCCUUUCUAGAUUGUCUUAGCUCUACACUGUUUGUUUUAUGAAUUUUCUCCCUAUUCUCAUUGAUCUGUGUCUCGAUGUUGACGUCAACAGGACGGAAUCAAGAUUUCAUGUCUUAGUGAAAAUCAGAACGAAAAGAAAUAUAUAUAUAUUUUUUAACGCAAUAUAAAAUAAACAAUAAACAGAGAAAAGAUAGAAACGCUCACGGUGAGGUGGAAUCAAAGAAAUUCAUAAGGAUAUAAACAAUACUGUAUAAGUAACGGGUAUUAAGUUGGAAAAUUAUACACGAGGGGUGCGUUUUUUUAUUGCACUUAUAGAGGAUGUACUCAGCUAGUGUGACUGCAAUAACAUUUAUGGUGGCCGCAUUCGCCGUCAGUCCACUCCAGUCUUCCGAAGAUAAAUUCAAUCCACAACAGCAGAAGAAACAGGUUUCAGAUUUUUUAGUCAGGCCGUUUUUCGACACGUCCGUGUCGUCCAACAUCACCACACAGCUAGGCGGCCAUGCGUACAUGCCUUGCAGAGUCAAACAGCUUGGCAACAAAUCGGUGUCGUGGAUACGUAGACGAGAUUCGCACAUCCUCACCAUCGAUUGGCUGCUGUUUAUCGCCGACGAUAGGUUCAGAAUAUUUCUAGUGGAACCCACGUGCACGUGGACGCUUCAGAUAAAGUACGUCCAGCCCAGAGACGCGGGUAUCUACGAAUGCCAAAUAAACACAUCGCCCAAAAUGAGCCAUCUGGUUCAGCUCAACGUUGUGGUGCCAAAAAUCGAAAUCAUGGGCGAGUCAGACAUACACGUGAUGGAGGGUAGUUCGGUGAGCCUUAAGUGCGUGAUCCGACAGAGCGUCCGAGAUCCGGAUUACAUAUUCUGGUACCAGAACGGCAAGAGAGUGCUUGAUUACGGUGGCAAGGGCGUCAAAGUAAUCAACAGCGAGCGGCUAGACGUUAGCACAAUGGUGGCCACGCUCACAAUCAAUAACGCCGUGCUGCUGGACUCGGGCAACUACACGUGUCAGCCGUCCAACUUGGACUCGGCUAGUGCUUUCUUGCAUGUCCUAAACGGAGAACAUCCGGCGGCCAUACAGCGGGGUCAUAGUUCGGGCACGCAAAUUCCUAUCCGGCUGUUGGGCCCUUUAUCGACCGUGCUGGGUUUGAGUUCCAGCCACUCGGCGAGGGCAGCUCUUCUGACGACCGCGUUUGCCGUCGACCUGGUCAUCCGCGUCCUCUACUCGUUUGUCGUCUAAGCCUACUUUGCACGUCACGCAAACAGUCAGCACAACCGGUUGUAUACGGUUUUUUGUUUUAAAAACGAUACAAGUCAAAUGUUUUUUUUUUUUUUUUUUUUUUUAACAUUAUUCGUAAAUUGCCAACCGCGUUUUGUUACCAAAACCAAAUAUACGUUUCCGUUACCAUUAGACUACACAGCAAGUUCGGUUAGCGAGAAUUAUAUACAUCAAUUUAUAUGUGUAUACAAUAAUUGCAGCAGUGCACCUAAACGAGAAGAAGAUUCGUGAUCGGAGUAGAGUCGAACAACGGUCUAAUGUAUAAAAUCAUAUAUUAUUAUUGUGUAAAUAAAUAAUUUCCCCGGAGUACCGCGCGUUGGGUCUAUAGCUAAUGCACAAUUUGUUUAACGUACAGGUUUUUAUACAUAUAAUUACUAUAAUAAUAUACAUACCGAUAUUAUUAAAUUGUAUGUACGUACUAAUAACAACCUACUGAUAAUUAGCUUUAAACUGAAUACGGUCAACUUUUGUGUAUCAACGGCUUUUUUAAUAUUCAUUUACUGUCUCUUUCGGCGGAUGACCCGCUGAUUAUUAUUGCAUCUAAUAUAAAUGUAAUGACAUUUAACAGAAAUAAUGUUUCCUACAACUGAAAACAUCAAUGAUAAUUCUUAUUCUCGCAUACUCUAUACAAUUAUCGCGGCGAGACGCCUAAUUACAAGUAAUUUUUUCUGUUAACUGUAUCCAACAAUAAUCUUUCAUAGGCUAUCGUACUAACUUUACUUUGAUUGUUAUUGUUUUUCUUGUAUUAUAUUACGCUAUUAACUAUUAUUAUCUUCGAUUGGAUUAUAAUGUACAGCACGUGUAAAUUUAUGUUUAAAUGUUAUUCUUAGAUAUAAUACUAAUAAUAAUAACUAAAAUUUAUAAUUAUUUAUGGUGCGCUACGUAUAUGUAAAUUAACGCUAUGGAAUAAAAUAUCUAUGUUCGAUCUUAUGUAUUUAAAUUAUGUUUAUAUUUUGAAUUCGGAACGGUAAUUCAUUAUUUUGAAUCCAAUAUAUCAAUUAAAUGUUAUUAUUUAUUGUUCUGAUAAAUGCCAUUACU